AUGUCGAGGAGGUUGUUUUUGAAAAUCGUGGAAGAUAUCACUGCAGCAUUUCCAUGGUUUCGGUCUUCGGGGAAUGCGGCGGGUAUUAGAGGGUUCUCGGCGAUUCAAAAGUGCACGUGCGCGCUACAACAACUCGCAUACGACAACCUCGCUGACAACUACGAUGAGGGGUUGUCGUUCUCUACUAUAACGACUCGUGAGUGUCUAGGCAACUUUUGCAUUGCCAUAAAGUAUCUUUAUGGUGAAGAGUAUUUGCGUUCUCCGACUAGCCACGAUGUUGCGUGUUUAUAUGAGGCGUAUGCAUACCCGGUCGCGAGAAAGGAGAAGGUUUUGAAGAAACUCCAAGAGUCCACGAGAAAAGACGUUGAGCGAGCAUUCGGGCUUCUGAAGAACAAGUGGGCGAUCAUCGAACGACCGACACGGAUGAGGGACAAAGAAAAGAUCAUUAACGCGAUGUAUGCGUGUGUUAUUUUACAUAACAUGAUACUCAAGGAUGACGGCAACGCGAUAUCACCGGUGUACAUCAGGGAUCCUCCUAACGAUAUUCGUGCUACCGACCCUAAUUUUCUCUAUCGCUUAUGUACCGAAGAGACGCAUUACAUGUUACGUCGUGAUAUUACGGAACACGUGGGAGAUCUAGAUAUCAAUGUUUAG